UUUAAAGAAGGCAACUUUAGAAAGCCAAAAAAAGUGCUAAAAACCCCCUAAACCGGCAAACCUUACCAGAAAGAAACUGAAAAAUCCCCAAAUUUGAUCAAAGUGAGAGAAAAAUGGAAGACGACGAUGUGCAGCAACAUCAAAGCCAACAAGGAGGAAAAGCAAUUGUUUUGCUAAUUAGCGGAACAUUGAUUUAUUACCAUUGUUGUUUCCGCAAUUCCAGUUUUCUCUCUCUUCUUUCCGAUGUCUUCCUCGUUAUUCUCUGCUCUCUCGCCAUUCUCGGACUCCUCUUCCGCCAUUUCAACAUUUCGGUACCAGUGGAUCCAUUAGAAUGGCAGAUUUCACAAGACACUGCCAACAGUAUCUUUGCGUGUUUGGCUAACACUGUCGGGGCUGCUGAGUCUGUUCUUCGAGUCGCGGCUACGGGUCAUGAUAAGAGGCUCUUUGUUCGGGUGGUUGUCAGUCUUUACUUUCUGUCAGUUCUGGGAAGGAUCGUCUCUGGGGUGACAGUUGCUUAUGCUGGUUUGUGUUUAUUUUGCCUCUACAUGUUUGUCGAGAGCUCACUGCCGCUCAGUAGUCAACUAUCUCAGUAUUUAGCAAGAAGAGAGGGUGCAGUAGAAAUACAGGAUUAGUAUGUAUACAGCAGGCCUCGUUCCUCUGACAUUCCUGUAUACAACACCAACAAUACCCCUCUGCCAUACCUGUAUAUGAAUAUUGUACCAAUUACUGGUGUACUAAUUGUAGCUUUCAUUCAAUUUUAGUUGUAUGUGUCACAAUUUUGGUAAAUGGUAGCAAUUGUUAAAUUGAUUGUGUUUA